UAACCAUUUAUAUGUUGGUAUUCUGUAAAUAUACAUUUCUCUUUAACAAAUAAGUAUUAGUGAUUCGUUAGUCUUCCUAUUGAACAAUUCCUUCACUUAACCCCGGAGCACUCGAGAGUAACCAUGCGGAGCUUGUGGCUAAAUACGCUUACCAGGCAAAGCCUAUGUCGGUUGAGUACCAAGAGGUACUCCACCAACAAUGAGCCAAAGGAACCAGUGGUGAGGACAAAAUCAAUACCUGGCCCGAAAUCAAUUGAGCUUAAAAAGCACCUGGAUUCUGUUCAGGCCACCGGAACCAUCCAAUUCUUUGCUGAUUACGAAAAGUCCGUUGGAAACUAUAUUCACGACGUUGAUGGAAAUAUUUUGCUUGAUGUCUACACUCAGAUUUCCUCAGUGCCCUUGGGUUAUAACCAUCCAAGACUCUUUAAAGUUUUUAGCAACGAGCAAAACCUGAAAACUCUAAUUAAUAGACCGGCACUUGGUGUCUUCCCUGGAAAAGAAUGGCCGGAAAAAUUGCAUUCCGUUUUGUUGAAUAUUGCACCGAAAGGACUUAAUAAAAUUACCACAAUGAUGUGCGGUUCAUGCUCAAACGAAAAUGCUUAUAAGAGUAUUUUUAUAUGGUACCAAAACAAACUACGCGGAAAUGCUCCCCUUACAGAGCAAGAGAAAAACUCUUGCAUGAUCAACAUUCCGCCAGGAGCUCCUAAACUAAGUAUUCUCUCAUUCAAGGGAGCAUUCCACGGUCGCACCUUAGGCGCACUUUCCACUACACAUUCGAAAUAUAUUCAUAAACUAGACGUUCCCUCUUUCGAUUGGCCGAUUGCCUCAUUCCCUCAGUACAAAUAUCCUUUGGAAGAAAAUGUAGAGUACAACAAGAAGGAGGACGAAAAGUGCCUAAGCGAAGUGCAGGAUCUUAUUGAACAGUACUCGAGCAAGAAUCCUGUCGCCGGAAUUGUGGUAGAACCCAUUCAGAGUGAGGGAGGUGACAACGAAGCGUCGCCCGAAUUCUUCAGAAGCCUGCAGGCCAUUUGCAAGAAGAAUGGCAUCGCCCUCUUGAUCGAUGAAGUGCAAACUGGAGGAGGAAGCACUGGAAAGUUCUGGGCCCAUGAGCAUUUCAACUUGGAGAGUCCUCCAGAUGUUGUGACCUUCAGUAAGAAGCUGCAGUUGGGAGGCUACUUCCACAACGACGACUUUAUUCCCAAUGAGCCGUACAGGAUUUUCAAUACUUGGAUGGGAGACCCGGGAAAAGUUUUGCUCUUGGAGGAAAUCGUGAAAGUCAUCCAGGAGGACAACCUCUUGGCCAAUGUUAACGUGGCCGGAAAUGUUCUGAAAAAUGGUUUAUUGAGCUUGGAAAAAGAAUUCCCACACAUACUGAACUCGACACGCGGGCGUGGCACAUUCUUGGCCGUCAACUGCACCAAUACUAAGGUGCGAGAUCAAGUAAUUGGAGCAUUGAAGUUGCACGGCAUCCAAACUGGAGGAUGUGGAGACAUUUCCAUUCGAUUCCGCCCAGCUUUAGUAUUCAAGGAAUACCACGCAAACAUUGUCCUGGACCGCUUCCGCAAGGUUCUGCAAGCAAUCUAAAAACUAAUACAACAAACUAUUUAACAAAAUGAAUGUGCUUUGAAAAUUGCGAUCGCAUGCAAAUAUAUAUCUUACAAAAAUGAAUAAUAAAAUGAA